AUGACCAACAGGUGUGGAGAGAAGAUUUCGAGCGAAGGCUCGGACCUUAAUAAAGCCUUGAAAAAGCUCCGAGAGGACGUUUCCGUCUGCGAGAAGGAGUUUGGUCAUCUGAUCAAAGAUUGUGAAUGGGUUGGGAAAGGCCCCAACCGUCUGUCUCUUCCCGCGGGAGGAAGUCGCCCUAGCCUAUGCAUGGUAUGGGAGCUAUAUGCAGAUAUGGAUGAUUGA